AUGUCAAAACGCAAGCAAGAAAAGAAUGAAGAAGAAGGAAACGACAGCGACGUCAGCCUCAUUGAUGUCGACUUCGAAUUCUUCGACCCAAACCCCUCCGUCGACUACCAUGCCCUCAACCGCCUCAUCAUCCAACUCUUCCAAACAGAUGCAGAGCUCUUCCAUCCCCACGACCUCGCAGAACUUAUAUUGUCACAGCCCUUGGUAGGUACGACAGUCAAAACGGACGGGAAGGAAAGCGAUCCAUAUGCGUUCUUGACUGUGCUGAACAUGCAUAUUCACAGAGAGAACCCAUCCAUAAAAGCGCUCAUUGCGUAUGCUCUCCUCAAAUCUAUGGACAAUACCCCCUUGCACGCUACUCUCCAAAACCUCCUCGGUCCCAAUGGCAUCGAAUCCCAAAAUCACGUCGGCUUCAUUUUCUCUGAACGGCUGAUCAACAUGCCAGUGCAAGUCGUCCCACAUAUGUAUCGCAUGCUAGCGGACGAAAUAAAAUGGGCUGUCGCCGACAAUGAGCCCUACGCAUUCACGCACUAUCUCAUCAUCUCACGGACAUAUCGUCUGUCGUCUGAGGAGGAGGCGGAAUUGCAGGCUGCACAACCGCAGACGAAACGUCACCGGAAAGACCAGGCAGAGCCAAAAGGACAUGGUGGCGUAUUCUCCUUCCAUCAUGAGGACGAGCAGAUUGCGAAGUAUGCUCUGCAUGGACAGGAAUACUCGUUCACAAACACACAACCGAGGGAAAAGGAUGCUUUUGGCUUAGACCUGGCCGGAAGGAUGAUGCUCAUAACAGCUGAGAAGCUUCCAGAAUUGAUCAACACUAUGAGCGAGACGUAUAUCAGUCCUUCAUGAAUACACG